GUAACAAUUCGCAAAAGCGGAUUGAGACCACCUUUGCCAAUGAAUGGUGGGAUUCCAGUGACAUUUGACUUACUCGCAAGAGAUCAGCUAUUGCAGUUUCUUUCGUGCAUCUCUCUGAAGAGGACCAACGAAAUCAAGUGAAAAAAAGUUCAUUCCGAUUUAAAAUUAAUUAACAAGUAAGAGUCUAAUCAAUGACAAUCAUUCUAAAUCGGGCAUAAGGAUCUUCCAAAAAUGAGUUGGUUUAGGAAUCUUAUAUUCACGUUAUCAACGAUUGCUCUUUCUACGAUUCCCGUUUCUGGUUUUCCUGAUGGUGCACCAGUAGACGCAUGUGUUAAACCACGACCGAAUCAACCCUAUCAUGGGGAUGCACGUAGUCAACCCUUGGAUAAAAACCCCUAUACGUUAGUAGCUUCGUCAUCAGAAUAUGUUCCAGGAUCGCAAAUUACCGUAACUAUCAGUGGUUCAUCUUUCAAAGGAUUUUUCUUACAAGCACGCGAUUCUAAUACCAAUGCCUGGAUUGGUUCUUGGGCACAAACUCCAAAUACAAAUACCCAUCCUGAAUGCAGUGCUGUAACGCACGCAGAUCCACGUGAAAAACAACAAGCAACUCUUAUUUGGAAUGCACCACCAAAUACUCGAGGCCAGGUUUACUUUACUGGUACCGUUUUAAAAGAAUAUGCGAUAUUUUGGUCGGAUUUGGUUGCACGUGUGGUCUAAUGAAAAAAAAAGGAAACAAAAAAAAUUAAAUGGUUUAACACGUAGUGAUUCUUGUAUUUCGAUAAUUUCGAAAAACAAAAUGGUGAUAACGUCUAUGUUCAUCGCAUCGACGCAAGAUAAUCGAUAUUAAAAUCAAUUGAUAUUUAUAAAAGUAUUCUACCACGCACUUUUUUAUUCAAUUCUUUAACUCACUAAUGAUUUUAAUAAAAACAAAAAAUUCAAAAUGA